ACAAAACUCAUAUUUUACAUUUAAGUCCACACGUGAAUCCGUUUUAUUGAUUCAAAACCGACCGUAAGGGGUCGAUUCCCGUUUUUUCCUCCCCGUGGCUGUUUAAAGCCUUUCGGACGAUGUUGUUUAUUUGUAGUAAGGGGGGGGCUUGAAACCGCCCUCCCUUGCCCCAUUUCCUCGGUUGUUUUCCUUCUCUCGCCUGGAUUCUCCAUGUUGUUGGUGCAAGAGUGAAGCCUUCGCAGCGACGGGUAGAGGGGGGCUGCUCGGCGACACCACCCGUAAUAGUAGUGGUAAACCCGAGACGACGGAGCUGACAGAGUUUAAUAUAGCCUCCGAAAACAUAUCCAAGUGCCUUGCCCCCUCUCCGAGUGGCGGACCUCCGAGAAAAGAAGAAGAAGACGCGUCGGCGGGGGAAUAAAGAAACCUCGGAACCACAUAAAUCCUUCUCUCAUCGGGGAUUGUUACCGAGGGCGCAUGACAAGUUACCUCGGUGAAUAAUUGAGUCGGCUUUUCAAUAAAACCCAAUGAGGGAUGCCCAUCGGUGCUCGGGGACUGGAUUUGAGGAUUUUGAAGGCUCCGUGAUUGUCAGAUGGAAAGUUCUGUUAUCACCCAAGUGCAGAAAGAAGACGUUCAAGUGUCACCGAAAACAGGCAAGGUGAGUCGGUCUGCCCUGAAACAGCCUCGGAGUUGUAACAUCUUCAAAGCGCUCUUCUGCUGCGUCCAAGCUCGGGAUGGACCCAAACAAUCACCGCCAACACCACCACCUCCCCAUCAGGGCUUGCUGGAGUCACAAGAAAACGGGACGGUUGUCAAGCAUCCUGAACCGAGCCUCCUACCUGAGAUCGAGGCCCAGGACCAAGGGAAGUUAUGCGUGGUCAUAGACCUGGAUGAGACCCUGGUGCACAGCUCAUUCAAGCCUAUUAGUAAUGCAGACUUCAUCGUGCCUGUGGAGAUAGAGGGGACCACACACCAGGUGUAUGUACUGAAGAGGCCGCACGUGGAUGAGUUCCUGCAGAGAAUGGGAGAGUUGUUUGAAUGUGUGCUGUUUACAGCCAGUCUCGCAAAGUACGCCGACCCGGUGACGGACCUUCUGGAUCAGUGUGGUGUGUUCCGGACCCGGUUAUUCCGGGAAUCUUGUGUAUUCCACCAGGGCUGCUAUGUCAAAGAUUUGAGCCGCCUGGGCAGAGAUCUCCAGAAAACCCUCAUCCUGGAUAACUCUCCUGCCUCCUACAUCUUCCACCCUCACAAUGCUGUUCCUGUGGUGUCAUGGUUUGAUGACGUGGAAGACGCUGAGCUGCUCAACCUUCUGCCUGUGUUUGAGGAACUCAGUCAAGCCGAUAAUGUCUACACCCAGCUGGACCAGCUGCGUGAACAUUAAGUCCUCUGUGGACAACAGGGCCUUCUAUCGACAAAAGAUGCCAAGAGUUUUCAGAUGUCCUCCGGGGCUCUGCACAAAAUCUUCUGUUUAGAAAAGUGUGUUUGCGUGGAGGUAAAGGAAAUCCUAAGCCUGAAAAACACAACGUGUUUGGCUCGGCUGAAACUAUAGAUUGCAAUCUGAGGCCUUUCGUCUGACCAGUGCUGAUUAUUGACAACCACUAUUGGAAAGAGCGGGAAUCAACAAAUCAACAACCAAAGCAGUCCCAUCACAAUCACUCCGGUUACAAUGUUAAAGUGGUUCUUUUGCCAAAGCAGAAGCCUGCCUGCCCUGACUUGACUUUUGGACAUUUUUUCAUUCUUGUGCCUUUUAUGGAACAACAACAAAAAAAAAUCCACUCUUUUUCUUUAAAAAAAUCUCCACCAGAUUUUAUACAGUUAUUGAUUUCUUUUUGUAGGUUAUUUUAUAAGGAAAUCUAUUUUUAAACGGUGAACAUGGUUCCUCUAUGCAACCCAGUUCUGCAAGUACAUGCAAAGUACCUCCUCUGUAGCCGGUCAAUAAUUGCAUUCAAUAGAUGUAAACAUUACUGUAGCCUUAUUUACUUUUUAAGGGAGCAGAAAAAUGUGUUUUCACUAAUUUGUACUAUAAAUAUAAUUUCUACAAACCAUGCAAAUAUACAUCUUUAAUGGUCGGAUUAGCGUGUGGUAUAAGUUAAGUAAACUGGGUGAAAUCUUGUCUUUGAUGGUCCGUUGAAAGCAGACACUGGAACAUGUUGGCACAUAGGACGACCGUAGAUGCCAGUUUUCAUUUGAGUUUUAAUAACAACUCGUUUGUUACUAUGUUUUUCUUGUAUUACUAUAUGACAAACAACUUGCACUUGUUUUAUAUUGACAGUGCUGAAAGUUUUAAAAAACUGUGCCUUUUUGAAAUCCGGUCAGAGAACGGUGUUCUGCCUGAAAGAGAUUUGUAGGCCUACACACUCUGAUGUGUCAUGCUGAGCGUGAGUAAACACUGUCAAGAGCAGGUGUAAUGCCGUGUGGCUGUGGGACUUGAAAUAUUAAAUUUUUUUAGCAUGUCCGAGUGUUUUUUCUAUAUUUAUUGGCCAAAAAUCUGUGUUGUCCAGUACUUCUUAAUGCUUAACAUUGUUUCGUAGUCCAUUUGCCUACUUUGAGGUUGGCCUUGGGUUUUAUCUGUAAGUAAAAAAUCACACAUUUUUCUAGCAGUUCAGAUAAUUCAAAACUCAAGCAAUUAAAUAAAUAUUUGUAAUCCAAGAUUGAAUCAUGCAAGGACACGUCUUCUUUUUCCAUUUUAUAUUCAGUAAGACAGAUAUUUUGUGUGGGGUGUUUACUGGGUAAUAUGGUUUUUCAAUAAUGUUUAAUGUCUGAUGCAAUUAUUGCCUGGUUGGCAACUAGUAAAACAUGGCAAUGAAAUUGUACCAAUUGUGAUGACCAAAAGUAUUUGCUUAGACAGUUACAAUUUGUCUUUGUGUAUCACAAAUCAAAGUCUAAUCUGACCAAAACUAAAAAAAAAAAAACAAGGUGCUACCAUUUUUUAUUUUUUAAUAAAAAUUGGUUAUAUUGUA